UGUGGAGGGACUCAUAUCACACACAUGCACAGAAAGGUCUCAGCGGGACUUGCGGAUGCGCACCCACCCAGCCUCAUGGGAUCCCUGGGGUGCUGGUGUGUGUCCUUUCAGGAGGCGGUGACAUUUGGCGAUGUGGCUGUGCACUUCUCUCGGGAGGAGUGGCAGUGUCUGGACUCUGGCCAGAGGGCCCUCUACAGGGAGGUGAUGCUGGAGAACCACAGCAGUGUGGCCGGACUAGGAUUCCUGGUCUUCAAGCCUGAGCUGAUCUCUCGGCUGGAGCAGGGGCAGGAGCCAUGGGUCCUCGACCUGCAGGGAGUGGAGAAGACAGAGGCACCAAGGAGCCCCGAGACAGAUUCUAGGAGGAGGACUGACUACGAGCAGGCCUGUGGGAGCACAGUCACUCUAAAACCAGAAUCCAGCGUAGCAAUGGUCAGAGCUCUCCCACAGGGUUUUCCUCGAGGUCUUGGUUAUGGAGACACUUGUGAUUCUGAGGUCUGGUCAGAGAGUCAUCGGCGCAGCCUUGGGCUGAGAGUGAGGAGCUCCCUCAUCCAGAAAAACUGUCCAAGCAAGGGCUCUGAGGCUCCUGAGACCCUCACCACAGACGCUGCCCAGGGAUGUAAGGAGCUGGUGGGCAGUGGCCUGGAUUGUCAGCCUGGCAACAGUCAGAGAGAGAGAGCAGAAGGAACGUUGCAGAGAUGCGAAGCAUGUGGCAGAGGAUUCGGGCACACCCCAGAUGCUGCUCUGCCCUGGGAAGUCGACAUGCAGGAGAAACCCAGCAGAUGUCAGGAGUGCCAGAAGACGCUCCCUGCCUGCCUGCAGGGAAAGCAUCCAAGUAGCUGCCGUGGAGAGAAGCCGUAUGAGUGUGAGGAGUGUGGGAAAGUCUUCAGGCUGUGCUCGCAGCUUAAUCAGCAUCAGAGAAUCCACACUGGAGAGAAACCGUUUAAAUGCAUUGAGUGUGGAAAAGCCUUCCGGCUGAGCUCAAAACUUAUUCAGCAUCAAAGAAUUCAUACAGGAGAGAAGCCCUACAGGUGUGAGGAGUGUGGAAAAGCCUUUGGUCAGAGCUCAAGCCUCAUCCACCAUCAGAGGAUUCACACAGGAGAGAGGCCCUAUGGUUGUCCUGAGUGUGGGAAAGCCUUCAGUCAGCAGUCACAGCUGGUCAGACACCAGAGAACUCACACCGGAGAGAGGCCCUACCAGUGCAAGGAGUGUGGGAAGGCCUUCAGCCAGAGCUCCACUCUGGCUCAGCACCAGAGGAUGCACACUGGGGAGAAAUCUCAAAUCCCGAGGACUUCAGAUAGUCCAAGCCCAGUUACACAUCAGAGAAUUCACUCUGUGGAGAAGCCGUUUAAGUGUGAUGAGUGUGGGAAAGCCUUUAGAUGGAUCUCUCGCCUUAGUCAGCAUCAGCUGAUCCACACUGGAGAGAAGCCUUAUAAAUGCAACAAGUGUACAAAAGCCUUUGGUUGUAGCUCACGGCUUAUUCGCCAUCAGAGAACUCACACUGGAGAAAAGCCAUUUAAGUGUGACGAGUGUGGAAAAGGCUUUGUCCAGGGCUCACACCUCAUUCAGCAUCAGCGAAUCCACACUGGAGAGAAACCUUAUGUUUGUAAUGACUGUGGCAAAGCCUUCAGCCAGAGCUCCAGCCUCAUUUACCAUCAGAGGAUCCAUAAGGGAGAGAAGCCCUAUGAAUGCCUCCAGUGUGGAAAAGCCUUCAGUAUGAGCACACAGCUCACAAUACAUCAGAGGGUUCACACUGGAGAGAGACCCUAUAAAUGCAACGAAUGCGGAAAAGCCUUCAGUCAGAACUCCACCCUCUUCCAACACCAGAUCAUUCACGCGGGAGUGAAGCCCUAUGAGUGUAGUGAGUGUGGGAAAGCCUUCAGCCGGAGCUCCUAUCUCAUUGAACACCAGCGAAUACACACAAGAGCCCAGUGGUACUACGAGUACGGGAGCACCCUGGAAGGGUCCACUUUUGUGAGCCGUAAGAAAGUUAGCACUGUGAAGAAAUUGCAUCAGUGUGAUGACUGUGAGAAAAUAUUCCGGUGGCGUUCACACCUGAUUAUACAUCAAAGAAUCCACACUGGGGAGAAGCCCUACAAGUGCAAUGACUGUGGCAAAGCUUUUAAUCGGAGCUCGAGGCUUACUCAGCAUCAGAAAAUCCACGUGGGAUAAGCCAUUUGCCUGCAUAAAUGUGAAUAAAACUACAGCCUUAACUUACGGUUUUAUAUGAGAUCCUUUGUACUGACAGUUUAGAGUAUCAGGAGCGAUUCAGAAUUGCACUGUUGAGAAAGAGUAUUGACCUUCAUGCAAACUGUUUAUUUGCUGGAAUGUCUGAUGCUAACUAACCCAUUGGAUGAAGCCCAUGUCUCCAACCCGGGGCCACCUGUAGUUCUGAGUCCCUGGGGGACACCCCAAGGCCCUACAGCCAAGGGGGAAGUGUGUGAAAGGCCCUGUGGGCCCUGCAGCGCUGGGUUCAUAGUUCCGCAGGAUGUUUUCCUCAGAGGACCAGCCCCAGGCUGGCUCCCACAGUGGGAAACGUGUGGCUCGUGUCCGAGGCUGUCUAGGGUCCCUCCCUACCCCGUACGCCCUCCACCCACUCUUUCCAGAAGAGCAGCGCAGGGAAGGGGCAGGCUGGGGAUGUGCCAGCGUUGCCACUGGAGUCAGGGACACCUGAGGGCCAGGGCCUCUUUGCUUAUCUGAAAACAUGAAGUUGUAGGGUAACUGGAAGAAUGUGUAUAUGGGAGCACAUCACACUGUGCCUGGCAGAGAGCAGUACUGUGGGUGACCUCACGUGCCUCCCCGUGUACGUGGUCCAGUCCCAGCCCCCCUCCUGUGCCUGCUGCCCCCAGUGCUUUCCUGGUCAUGCGAGGCUGCUCCCUGGUGGGUGACCUCACGUGUACCCCGUGUACGUGGUCCAGUCCCAGCCCCCCUCCUGUGCCUGCUGCCCCCAGUGCUUUCCUGGUCAUGCGAGGCUGCUCCCUGGUGGGUGACCUCACGUGUACCCCGUGUACGUGGUCCAGUCCCAGCCCCCCUCCUGUGCCUGCUGCCCCCAGUGCUUUCCUGGUCAUGCGAGGCUGCUCCCUGGUGGGUGACCUCACGUGCCUCCCCGUGUACGUGGUCCAGUCCCAGCCCCCCUCCUGUGCCUGCUGCCCCCAGUGCUUUCCUGGUCAUGCGAGGCUGCUCCCUGGUGGGUGACCUCACGUGCCUCCCCGUGUACGUGGUCCAGUCCCAGCCCCCCUCCUGUGCCUGCUGCCCCCAGUGCUUUCCUGGUCAUGCGAGGCUGCUCCCUGGUGGGUGACCUCACGUGUACCCCGUGUACGUGGUCCAGUCCCAGCCCCCCUCCUGUGCCUGCUGCCCCCAGUGCUUUCCUGGUCAUGCGAGGCUGCUCCCUGGUGGGUGACCUCACGUGUACCCCGUGUACGUGGUCCAGUCCCAGCCCCCCCUCCUGUGCCUGCUGCCCCCAGUGCUUUCCUGGUCAUGCGAGGCUGCUCCCUGGUGGGUGACCUCACGUGUACCCCGUGUACGUGGUCCAGUCCCAGCCCCCCUCCUGUGCCUGCUGCCCCCAGUGCUUUCCUGGUCAUGUGAGGCUGCUCCCUGGUGGGUGACCGCACGUGUACCCCGUGUACGUGGUCCAGUCCCAGCCCCCCUCCUGUGCCUGCUGCCCCCAGUGCUUUCCUGGUCAUGCGAGGCUGCUCCCUGGUGGGUGACCUCACGUGUACCCCGUGUACGUGGUCCAGUCCCAGCCCCCCUCCUGUGCCUGCUGCCCCCAGUGCUUUCCUGGUCAUGCGAGGCUGCUCCCUGGUGGGUGACCUCACGUGUACCCCGUGUACGUGGUCCAGUCCCAGCCCCCCUCCUGUGCCUGCUGCCCCCAGUGCUUUCCUGGUCAUGUGAGGCUGCUCCCUGGUGGGUGACCUCACGUGCCUCCCCGUGUACGUGGUCCAGUCCCAGCCCCCCUCCUGUGCCUGCUGCCCCCAGUGCUUUCCUGGUCAUGCGAGGCCGCUCCCUGGUGGGUGACCUCACGUGUACCCCGUGUACGUGGUCCAGUCCCAGCCCCCCUCCUGUGCCUGCUGCCCCCAGUGCUUUCCUGGUCAUGCGAGGCUGCUCCCUGGUGGGUGACCUCACGUGUACCCCGUGUACGUGGUCCAGUCCCAGCCCCCCUCCUGUGCCUGCUGCCCCCAGUGCUUUCCUGGUCAUGUGAGGCCGCUCCCUGGUGGGUGACCUCACGUGCCUCCCCGUGUACGUGGUCCAGUCCCAGCCCCCCUCCUGUGCCUGCUGCCCCCAGUGCUUUCCUGGUCAUGCGAGGCCGCUCCCUGGUGGGUGACCUCACGUGUACCCCGUGUACGUGGUCCAGUCCCAGCCCCCCUCCUGUGCCUGCUGCCCCCAGUGCUUUCCUGGUCAUGUGAGGCUGCUCCCAAGGCUGCUCUGGCUAAUCUGACAGGCUCGGGUCGUACCCAUCUGACACUGUCCUGGAGCGUGUAAGGCCAUCAUCCCCAAGCUCUGCUUUGCAGGGUGAGACCUACAGUGCUGGCCUUGGCCCUGUUCCUGGUGUCCUGGUCUUUAGCUGUGGACUAUGCCAGUGGACAGUAGUCAUCGGGACCCAUGUGAGACCUGCUGGUCUUUCAUGUCUGCCGGUUAGUUUCAGUACAGUAUGUGAGCCAGAAACACCCACCCCCAGUGGAGAGAAACCUCAUGGUGUUCUCCGUGAGCAAGUGUGUGACCAGAGGGAGCUGUGGCCCAGGCACUUUAUGAAUCUCUCCAGCUGAAGCAAGUCCAGGCCCGUGUGUGGCCAGGAGCUCUCACUGUUGGUGUCUGUCGGGCACAGCAGAGUUCAGGAUGGUUGUGCCCAUGCGAGUGUGUCUUCGCAGCCUGCAGGUGGGGAUCAGGCCCCACAGCUGCACCCAGGCUCUCCACUCUAGGGACAAAGAACCACCACCUCGUCUGCACCUACAGCCAUCUCAGCUGUGAGAUCUGCACCCGCUGCGGUAGCUUUCAUCUCAUCCCUUCAGCCACCCUCCAUUCAGAGCUUUCUCUAAGGGGUCAGUGGAAGAGGUACAGGGAUGCCGCCGAGGUGUGUGAUGUCCCAGCCUCAACCUGUGAGGGCUGCUGUGGAGCCGGAGGGGGUUCGGCAAGUCAUGGGCUCAGACAGUCACCUCCACAUCUAGGAUGGUGUCAGAUGUCUCCUCUAGUGGGCUGCAAAGCUGUGUGGGUUACCCAGUGACAGGACCAGUGUUCCCGGCCUACAGCCUCAAUAAGGCCAUUUUGGUCCCUAAUAGCUGCUCUUGGUCACUUCCUGGCUAAUGGUCAGGGGAAGGAGUGGUCGAUUAUAUGGAGCUGGGGAACUUCCAGGCUCUGUUCUGCUUGCCUUCCUCCCACUGCAUCCGACCAAGAAGGGCAGGGCCUGACAUUUGAAACAGUUCUCAGCUCCUGCCAGCCCUCAAACAGGCUGGCAAACUUGGGCCCUUGCUGCAUGCGUUGUGUGGUCCAAGAACUGAGGGUGUUUUCUGUGUUUCUCAAUGGCUGGGGGCAGGACGACAAAAAAACCAAGACAACAAAACACCAUUUUGUGACAUUUGAAAAUCCCACUAAAGCCUCAGAGCAGGGUUUUGGUGGAGCGAAGCCACGCCUGUUUGCAGUCUGGGCCUCUGCUGCGGCACCAGCCCUCCACACGGCCUGCCUCAUGUUGAGCUCGGAGAAGCUUCAUGCCCUCCAGCUGGGGGGGGGGGGGUUCUUUUUCCUCUCAGGGGUUUGUUCUCCUAAAUCUGCCAACAUGACUGAGAGCAAAGCCGUGUGGUGAAUUCCAUGAAGUCGGUCUGGACCAGAAUGGGACGAGGAGUUCUCCGGCUGCAUCUGCGUGAAAGAGGUGGCGUGUGUGCGCCGGGAGCCGGGGUGUGACUGCACGUCAUCCAGUCCUGCACGGGGUCUGUUUCAGAUCUCAGCAGGAUGGACACCCGGGGUGAGGCUUUCUCAGGCACCGUGAGGCAGUGCAGUUCUGGUGUAUUCUGUCCAAGCUCCGGGUCUCCGCUCCAGUCAAUAUGUCAGUGAACUCAGAGAAUUUUCAGAAGUGUAUUUCAGAGGAACUUCAAAAAGAUUUGGAUUUCUAUUUCAGUUAAUAAACCUGUAACUUUGGCCUGAAAUUGCUUUUGUUUUCAAAUUUAGACUAAUAUUCGACUUAUGACAUUGAAUUGGAACAAUUUUGUGCUCUGGAAGCUUCGCAAAU